CCUGUCCCUGCCAGUUUCUUACUCCCCUUCUCAUUCAUAACAAAAGCUACAGCUCAGGGGCCCAGCGCCAGGCUCUUCCCAGCAGAAAGCAGAGGAGCAAGGAAGAAUGAGGUUCCUUUGGACCGGAUCUUGGAUACUGGUGUUGGUGCUCAAUAGUGGACGAAUUCAAGCUUUCCCCAAACCGGAAGGCAGCCAAGACAAAUCUCUGCAUAAUAGAGAAUUAAGUGCAGAAAGACCUUUGAAUGAACAGAUUGCUGAGGCAGAGGCAGACAAGAUUAAGAAGGCAUACCCUCCAGAAAGCAAGCCAAGUGAGAGCAAUUAUUCUUCUAUCGACAACUUGAACCUGCUAAGGGCGAUAACAGAGAAGGAAAAACUUGAGAAAGAAAAACAAUCCAUAAGAAGCUCCCCAUUUGGUAACAAAUUGAAUGUGGAAGAUGUUGAUUCAACUAAAAAUCGAAAACUGAGUGAUGAGUAUGAUUCUACAAAGAGUGGACUGGACCAUAAAUUUCAAGAUGACCCAGAUGGCCUCCAUCAACUGGAUGGAACUCCAUUAACUGCUGAAGACAUUGUCCACAAAAUUGCUACCAGGAUUUAUGAAGAGAAUGACAGAGGAGUGUUUGACAAGAUUGUUUCUAAACUGCUGAAUCUCGGCCUAAUCACUGAAAGUCAGGCACAUACUCUAGAAGAUGAAGUAGCUGAGGCAUUACAAAAACUGAUUUCAAAAGAAGCCAACAAUUAUGAGGAGGCCCUUGAUAAACCCACAAGCAGGACCGAGUAUCAGGCUGGAAAAAUACCAGAGAAAGUGACCCCUGUAGCAACAAUUCAAGAUGGCUUUACUCACAGAGAAAAUGAUGAAACAGUAUCUAACACCUUGACCUUGUCCAAUGGCUUGGAAAGGAGAACUAACGCCCACAGUGAAGAUGACUUUGAGGAACUUCAGUAUUUCCCCAACUUCUAUGCACUAUUGACAAGCAUCGACUCAGAAAAAGAAGCAAAAGAGAAAGAAACGCUGAUUACUAUCAUGAAGACAUUGAUUGAUUUUGUGAAAAUGAUGGUCAAAUAUGGCACAAUAUCUCCAGAAGAAGGCGUUUCCUACCUCGAAAACUUGGAUGAAGCAAUUGCUCUGCAGACCAAGAACAAGCUAGAAAAAAAUACUACUGACAGCAAAAGCAAGCUUUACCCAGUGCCUUCAGAGAAGAGUCAGGAAGAAACAGACAGCACCAAGGAAGAAGCCGCCAAGAUGGAAAAGGAAUAUGGAACCCUGAAGGAUUCUACAAAAGAUGAUAACUCCAACCUAGGAGGAAAGACAGAUGAAGCCAAAGGGAAAACAGAAGCCUAUUUGGAAGCCAUUAGAAAAAACAUCGAAUGGUUGAAGAAACACAACAAAAAAGGAAACAAAGAAGACUAUGACCUUUCAAAGAUGAGGGACUUUAUCAACCAGCAAGCUGACGCUUACGUGGAGAAAGGCAUCCUCGAUAAGGAAGAAGCCAAGGCCAUCAAGCGUAUCUACAGCAGCCUGUGAAGACGGCAGGCAGCCUGAGCCUCUCAACUGUUCCAGCAAAAACAAUAUAGCUUCAAAACUAAUUUGGCAGUUAAAGAUUUACUGGCCCAGGAGCAUUAGAAUGUGCUGAAUUUAUAGUAGUUAACCCCUUAGAAAUGGGUAAAAUAGAGCUCUCUUGCCAUAAAUACAUUAUGAAAAGUGUACAUCUGCUGAGAUUUUUGUAUAUAGCAUCCGUAUUUCCUCUUGGAUUUACACUUUAUACUCAGAGAUGUGCUGCUCUGGAAAAGCCUCUAAUGGGUUGAACAUAAAUCUGAACCUUCUUCCCCUGUCUUAAGCUCCCUGAAGAUCUGAGAAAUCCUAUUUCAAGGCAUGCUGGACACCUGAGCACCUUGAAUGUGUGUUACAUGAUGUUUCCACAAGCGGUUCUCUGUUGGGCAUUGAAAUAAACCCACAUUUCUUCAUA